GGAAUUGAGGUUGUCAUAUAUAUGCGAGGGCUGUACGAUAUAAUACGUGUGUGCACUAAAGUAAAGUUCUAUCCGUGAAAUAACUGAGUAAAGUAACUAUGUCGGACGAUUCGAACUCUGAAGCUCUCCAGUACAAGGAAGAGGGAAACAAGUUCUACAAGGAUGAGAACUAUGAUGAAGCUAUAGUAGCCUACACAAAGGCUCUCACCUUGGGUCAGGACUUGCCCAAGUCAGACCAAGCAGUCUUCUAUAAGAACAGAGCAGCAUGUCAUCUCAAGCUAGAAAACAAUGAACAGGCUGCUCAGGAUGCCAAAGCAGCUCUGGACCUAAAUCCUUCAGACUUCAAGGCCAUGUUCAGAAAGUGUCAAGCCUUGGAGGCUCUAGGUCAGAUUGAAGAAGCCUUCAAAUCAGCCAUGCAACUCAACCAUAUGGAUCCAAACAACAAAUCUGUUCAAGCAAUGCUAACAAGAAUGAAUGUCCUCCUCAAAGAAAAAGUCAAAUCAAUGACUUCCACCAAUAGCAAAGUAGAACAGAUGUUCACCAUUGCUGCUGAUGAAUCAGCAGGUUUAGAAAAGAGAAGAGAGGCAGCCAACAAUCUUAUUGUCCUUGCCCGAGAGCCAGCAGGAGCAGAAAGGAUAUUUGGAGAGAACGGUGUUGAGCACAUGAAGAAGCUCAUGACGUUAGAGGAUACUGAAUUAGUAGUAGCAGCUCUACGAGUUAUCUCUUGCCUUUGUGGUGGACACAGAUCAAGGGCAACUGCUGUAAUUGCACAACUCACUUUAACAACUCUUGCCAAGUACAUCGCUAUGGAUUCUGAAGUCAUUGCUAAUGCUGCUGCAGGCAUCCUUCUCACUGCCAUUCAAGCAAUGCUGGGCAAAGAUAAACAGGAGGCUAAGCACAGUGAAGAAGCUGUGGUACCAGAUUACUCCAAUGAGUUCAAAGCGUUGCUGCUAUUCUUCUUGGGUCUUCUUACUGAUAAGUCUGUCUCUGGAUACGGGAGGGAUGCAGUCAUUGAUAUGAUCAUCAAGUUCAUCCCAAGGAAAGAAGGAGCAGGAAGAGCCAUGGCUUUCCUUACAAAUGGAGGCUUACAUAAACUGAUGAAUGUAGCUGGUCAGGUACCUGAACUAAAACGUCUUCGUGUCACAUCAAACACACGCAUGCAUGCCUCUGUCGCUCUUGACAAGCUGUAUGAGGAGAUGCACAGCGACAAACAAAGAGCAUACUACCAAGACAUGGCUGAUAAAUUUGUUAGUGAGAAAUUCAGUGUGAACAGCAUGGAGACCAACAUGGAAGUGUUAACGGCCAUCUCCUCCCUGCUGCAAGGACCUACAGAAGUCGGCCAGAAACUUCUGACCCGUGAGGGGGUCCUACAGGUUAUGAUCGCCAUGGCAGCCAGUAGUGAUGUAGUUCACCAGAGAGUAGCUCUAGAAGCCAUUAUCUACGCUGCGGGUAAGAAGGAACACUGUACAGGAGUCCUACAGAAUGGAAUCAACAUCAUGAAAGACCUUUACAAAUCACCCAAUGACCACAUCAAAGUAAGGGCACUGGUAGGACUCUGCAAGCUGGGAUCUGCGGGUGGAACAGACUUCAGUUUAAAGCCUCUUGCUGAUGGAUCGAUUGUUAAACUUGCCAAACAAGUUAGAAGUUUUUUGGUGAAUUCCCAGAAAGACCACGACCUGAAGAAAUGGUCAGCCGAGGGCCUGGCUUACCUGUCACUAGAUGCUGAUGUGAAAGAAGCCAUCGUUGAUGAUCCAGAAACACUGCAAGCUUUGAUGGAUCUCUCCAAGACAUCAGAUAAGACUGUAUUGUAUGGAGUGGUAUCAACGUUUGUGAAUCUGACCAAUUGCUACGAUGUACAGAAGCCAGAGCCUCAGCUGGUGGAGUUAGCUCGCUAUGCUAAACAGCACAUUCCUGAAGAACAUCCAAAGGAUGCCACUAAUUUUAUUGAUCAGAGGAUAAAGAAGCUUCUGAAAGCUGGCAUUGUACCAGCACUGGUGGCGCUAUCCAAGACAGAGAGUGAAAACAGUCGAGAGCUCCUAAGCAGGGUGUAUCUAGCCUUGGUGGAGGAUAUCGAUCAUCGUGGUUUAGUCGUGCAGCAGGGCGGGGCUAAGGCCUUGGUCCCCCUAGCAAUCGAAGGUACUCUGGAAGGAAAAACAAGAGCUGCUCAGGCCCUGGCUAAGAUCGGUAUCACCAUGAAUCCAGAGGUUGCCUUCCCAGGACAGAGGCAUCUUGAGGUUGUUCGUCCUUUGGUUCAGUUGUUAGAUGUGCAGAAUACAGGCCUACAGAACUUUGAGGCCCUCAUGGCUCUAACUAAUCUUGCUUCUAUGAAUGAUGCAGUCAGGACGAGGAUAAUCAAAGAAACCGGCUUCUCGCAAGUUGAGAAUUACAUGUUAGAGGACCAUGACAUGAUCAAGCAAGCAGCUACGGAGUGUAUGUGCAACCUUGUUCUUAAUGAAAGAGCAUUCAAUCUUCAUCUAGGUGACAAUGAUCGUGUGAAGUUAUUGAUGCUUUACACUGGUGAAGAAGAUCCAGGUUUGGUCAAGGCAGCUUCAGGUACUCUAGCCAUCUUGUCUUCACAUGAAGAAGUUUGUGACAAAAUAUUCAAGUUGGAUGCCUGGUUGGAGCUUCUGCAAGGCAUCUGUGUCAACCCUGACAAGGAUAUCCAGUUCCGAGGAGUUCACAUUGUUAGUAGCAUCAUAGAAAGCAAGAAGGAGAAUGCUAAGAAGAUAGUAGAAACCAAUCUGUUAGAAGUCUUGAUGGCUCUGACUAAAGAUGACAGCCCUGAGAACAAGAGGAUUGCAGCCAGAGCUGAAGAAGCACUGGAUCAGGCAAGGGAAUGGGGUCUUAUUCAAAAGGCAUAGUACAUGUUGCACACCAAGUGUCAGUUUUGAGUUAUUAAACGAUCUAAGCAAAUCUGUGACGACAUGAUAAGGACGACAUGAUAAGUAUGUACUGUUCAUUGUGCUUUUAUUUUUGUAUGAUAUUACUUUCACAUGGUACAUCAAAGACUGGUUCACAUUAAAAAAGCUAAGUGGUGAUGCGAUCUUAUGUCAGUGAUGCCUUGUGUGCCGCAGGCAGUAGAAGGACUGGUUUCAGUAGUAAAACAUUGGUUGAGAGUCAAGGUCAUAUCAGCUAUGUCAAGAUGUAAAGACCCUCCUGAAAGAGGAAACAAAUUAGGAAAUCACACUUUGGAGUAAGAGUUUUGUAACUUUACAAAAUGACCCCUCAUUUUUUGAUUAAAGUUACUUCAAACUGUAUACAUGUACCUGUAUUGAGCAUGUUUUAGCAGUAAAAAGUAAUAUCACUGCCCUUUUCAUGUCCAUUUUCUUCCAGCAGUCCAGAAUGUGAAUCAUUGGUUAUAUGGAAAAAACAGUAUUAUUCUAAUUUCAAAUUGGCAAUGCUUUACAUGAGCAGAGUUGUGAUUUUUGUGUAGGCCCUUAAACAUUUGAGGUUCUUUUGGGUGCUUUAUUUACCAUUAGUGCAUGCAGUUUUAUGUAACAUGUAUUCGUAGGCAUGAUUUGGUUGAUGCAGACUUUUUGUUCUUCCUGUGAUUACUUGUACAAGUACAUGGAAGUUGGAAAUACAGGAGUGGAAUACUACAUGUAUGUUUAGGUAGAUACAUUUGAAUUGUGUGUAUGAUUAGUUAGAAUAGUUUGUUAUGAUUAUAGACCCUUUACUUGACAAAAUGAAGUUCUUUGUUUUGCUAGGACCAUAUUACCACUUUACCUGAAUAUAUCUCAUUGAUCAAGACAGAGAAAAUCACGAAAUUUGUCAUAUAGUGAAUUACUAUUUGAAUAUCUCUUCUUCUGCAGCCUCAUUAGUAACCUUCACAAAAUGCAAGCCAUUGUCAUUGCUGUAUUGUGCAAAGAUAUAUUUUAGAAAUAUUUGAAAUCAUACUUGUUAUAAAUUGUCAUUUGUAGAUAUAAACAUGCCUUAUGUUUUUGUAUGCCAUUAUUUAUUUAUAGUAUAUAGAUGUACAAGUGCCUUGUAUCUGUGCAAUGAAUUCAUUGUUUUUAAGUCGUCAGCCUUUUCUUACAUAUAAAUAGAAUUAACUUCUUCAUUAAGUAACCAUGAACUUUAAAAGAGAUUGUUAAAUCAACAAAGAAAAUUGAUGAAUUUUGUAUGAGCUUAGUAAUACCUGACAUUUGAAAACUAUGUGGGAACAAAUUGAAUUAAACUUGAAAAGAUAUUAUGUCACAUUGUAUGUACUUCACAAGUUUACAUAUAGAUUUUGUUUUGAUAAUAGAAAAUCAAGCGUAGCGAAUUUCCAUAUUUUGAUAUUUAAGAAUACAUCAAGUAAUUUAAUCUCUGAAAUCCCAAAAAGUGUUUAUGUAUUUAAUUUAAUAAUGUUUACAAAUUAUGCAUUUUUUUGAGGAGUUAAUAUCUAGCAGUCAUUGUAACAAUAUUUGUUGUUUCCUUUAAAUAUGAUCAUAACUAUACUUGUAUCCCUAAAGCUGUUCACAAGGAAGACUUAUAGUAACCCUUGAGAUUAUGCAGCAUGGUGAUUUUAUGAUAAGUCCUUGCCAAACUCACAAAUUCCAAAUAAACAUAAUUGUUUUUGUUUCUUUCUUGUAAUAUUUCAUUAAUAUUAAAUUUUGUGAAUUUAUGCAAGAAACUAAUACAAGCUGUUUUAACUAGAA